AAUAAAGGUAACUGAUAGUAUACGAAUUAUAUUAGUAUUUUUUAUAUAAAUUUGUUGAUAGCAACAAAAUAAAACGACAUUAUCAAUUUGUGCUAGAGAUAAGAUAUCAAAUGUCAAAGUAAGGUUAACAAAUUUUCAAGAUCAUUUUAAAAUUACAUUUUAGUCUAUUUCUUACCAUCAUGGCUGGUAACAUAAUAACAUCCAAAGAUCAAAAUGAUCUGAUCAAGUCUUUGUGCAACAAAAUCGAGCAACUAUCCAACCAAGCAAUUAAAGAACGAAGCAGAUUCACAAUUGGCCUAUCAGGAGGCUCCUUAAUAGACUUUCUAGCAGCAGGUUUGCCUGGUAUAAACACAGAUUGGACAAAAUGGCUAUUUAUAUUAUGUGAUGAGCGCAUAGUCCCAGAAAACGAUAAAGAAUCAACCGCUGGCCAAUACAAAUCCAAACUCUUCACCAAGAUCCAAAUCACACCCUCACAAUUCCUCACAAUCGACCCAAACUUACCACCAUCAUCAUGUGCAGACUCUUACAGCAACAAAUUAAAACAACUCUUCCCCAACGAUCCACUCCCCAAAAUCGAUCUAUUACUUCUGGGUCUUGGACCGGAUGGACACACCUGCUCGUUGUUCCCAGGACAUCCAGCACUAUCUGUUACCAAUAAGUGGGUUGUAGGGAUUGAUGAUUCACCUAAAAUGCCCCCACAAAGGAUAACACUUACUUAUGAUGUAAUAAAUAAUGCUAGGAGUUGUAUUUUUGUGGUAGCCGGCAAGGGAAAAGCUGAAACGGUUAAGAGGAUUGUAAAGGAUGGAGAAGAUUUUCCAGCAGGAAUGGUUAAGCCGGUUGGCGGGGCUGUUUGGAUGUUGGAUGAAGAAGCUGGGAGUUUAUUAAAAUAGGUUUCAAGAACAAGUUUACUCAAUCACGAAAGAUCAAUAAGACUCAAUAAACAGAAUUUAAUCACUACAUUUGAAUGUUGAAAUUUAUGGGGC